AUGCUGGCCCGGGCCCACGCCCCGGCGGCCACGAGGGCGCUCGGGAGGCUCGGCGCCUGUCGGCGGCAGCUGUCCACCCAGGCCUCCACACUGGGCCGGCUUUUCUUCCAAAGUGACCAGGUGCCCCGGAGCAUCAUCUCCACCGGCCGAGUCGGCACCAACAGAGACCUCCUGGGAUCCGACGGAGAGUUCUUCGGCACAGACCCCGUGGCACUGGAGGUCCCCAUCGCCAACGGGAGAGAUGAGAAGCUGAACCUGGAUGAGAACGGCUUCUGCCUACUCCCCCACGAAUGGGCACACAUCGACUACUACGACAAUGAGAAGGUCAUCAAGACUUACUACAGUGAGUGUGAGGACAUCGUGCGCAAAGCAACAGGUGCGUCAAGGGCCCUGGCCUUUGAUCACAACAUUCGCGCAAAGCAGCGAAAGCAGGCUGGUGAUCGCCUUCGCGGCGGGAGCGCCGUUCAGGAGCCUCUGGUCAGCUACGGCAUCCACAACGACUACACCGUCACGUCGUCUGAGCAGCGAAUUCGUCAGCUGGCAAAGCCUCCGAGCAAAAACGACACGCGACGAAAUGCCGAUGGAUCGAGCUUGAUUGAUGCCGCAAAGGUGGAUCAGAUGUUGCGGAAGCGUUGGCUGUUUGUCAACGUUUGGCGUAACAUUGCAGACACACCAGUGGAGAGUUUUCCCCUGGCUGCCUGCGACGCACAGUCCACAGCUCUUGAUGACCUGAUUGUCUUUGAGAUCAGGUAUGCAGAUCGCACAGGAGAGAACUACUUUGCGAGGUACUCCCAGAAGCAGCGCUGGUUCUACUUCCCGAGGAUGGAGAAGGACGAGGUGAUGCUGCUGAAGUGCUGGGACUCCCGAGGCAGGGAUUUCAAGCCCGAGGGCGCUGCCGAGGAGGUGCCGGCGACGUUUUCCUUGCACGGCUCGUUCGAAGAGGUGGCAAGCGGUUCAGAUGCCAAAGACCGAGAGAGCAUCGAGGUGCGCUUGGUAGCCUUCUUCGAUUGA